UAUUUUCUAUUUCCUUUAUUCCAGAGAUAAAAUGGGGCGCAGAAAAUCAAAGCGAAAGCCACCGCCUAAGAAAAAAAUGACGGGCAACCUGGACACCCAGUUCACCUGUCCGUUCUGUAACCACGAGAAAUCUUGUGAUGUCAAAAUGGAACGAACUCGAAACACAGGAAUCAUAUCGUGCAGUGUCUGUUUGGAGGAGUUCCAGACUCCUAUAACAUAUCUUUCUGAACCCGUUGACGUUUACAGCGACUGGAUCGACGCCUGCGAAGCAGCUAACCAGUAGUAAACUCCUUCUAACAAACCUUCUCUGUAACACGACUCUGUUCUCAGCAAAGUAGUUUUCAUGAACACAAACAAACUGUUUUCUUCUGAAGUGUUGCACCGUUCUAAUUUUACUGAUGAAGAAACAUUCCUCUGGCCGGGUCAGAGUGCUGCCGUAUUGACAGAAGUCUGUCUGCAUUCCAGUUCUCAGUGUUUAUGUUUUCGUAUGUCAAACAUUAUUUUGUUUGUGUUGUGGUGGACCAAAUUGUCCUUUUUUAAAAUUUAGAAUGUAUCGUUUAUUUCCACUUGUGUACUAAACCUGAUCAUUGUCUUCUAAUAGCUACUUCUGGAUUUUUAGCUAAGAAGAAAAUAUUUUUACUUAUUUAAGUCUUAUAUUAUCAAUUCACUGUUGUGUAGUUUUUAGCAUGUUAUUGAUGCAAUUGUAAUGUUUCUUUGGUUAAAUCAGCUCGUGUACCACUAAAAUCACAGCAAUGUCUGUUAUUUACCCUACUUUCACAUAUUUCUCUUUUGUGUAACUAUGUACUGAAAGUCACCUAAAGAAAAAUCACAAUCACCAA